AGUAUACUAAAUGUUAGGCUUAGCUAUAACUAACUAACCAACCACUUAAUUUUCAAUUAAACAAUAUAACUAGUUAGAACAAUAGUAUAUAAGCCAUAAGCCAUAAGCCAUAGUUAAUUCUAUUAGAGACAGACAGACAAAUACGCGUCUUACCUUUUUUCCCUUUUUACAGUGAGAGAAAAUUUGAUUUCUUUUUUUGGAGUGAGGUGGAUGAAACAUAAAACAAAAGCAGCAGCGGUUAAUUCAAAUUUAUAAACAAAUCAUAUUUACAACCAAUAUCACUUUCAAUCCUUCCCCAUCCAUCACCAGUAUCAUUUUAACUGACCAUAUACAAUCAACCAUGAGUGAUAAGGAUUUGGUAUCUCGUUAUAAGGAAUUGAAACAAUUUUUAGAUAUAUCUGAUGAUCUGACUUCAAGAAGUAAAACAAAUCUAUCAAGAGCUGCCAGAGCUAGAGAAAAGUUAUUAAAACUUUCCAGUGCUCAAUUCAAAGAGUUAAGUACUGAUGUUUAUGAUGAAUUGAAACGAAGAAUCGAUGAAUCAAGAGGGGAACCCGAUUAUUUAUUACCAAAAUCUUCAUUCCAUCCAAAGAGAAAUCAAGCAAGACAAAAAUUAUCUUCUUUACCUCAACCAAGAUUUAAAGAUUUAGUAUCUGAUAUCUCUUAUGAAAUUGAAAGAAGAAACUUACAUGUUGAAUUACCAUCGUUUAAUUCGAAUUCCACCACUUCUCCUUCCAAUAAUAACAUAUCAAAUCAUACUAAUAGUCAUUCUAAUGGUAAUGCCUCAAAUCCUUAUGGAUCAUCUAAAAAGGAAUCAUUAACUAAAUCAAUUGAUUUGGAUGUGGGAAGAAAAUCAACUCUUGAAUCAGAUCCAACCAUUAAUAGUUCUCUCCAUAAUCAUAAUCAUAAUAAUAAUAACAACUACAAUCUCAAUCACAACAACAAUAAUAACAACAACAAUAAUAGUCAUAAUGGUAUUGGUAUACAAUCUAAAACUGUGGUACCUACUAAAGCAAACUUAACUUGGUCAAGUGAUGAAGAAGAUGUUGAUAGUUUUGAUGAAAAAGAUGAUGUCAAACAAAUCAAUAUCGUUAAAGAUAUUAGUACUAGUACUUCAAAAAGUCUGACUGAAAAUAAAGAAGAAAUUAAUCAAUUACAUUCUAAAAUUGAAUCUCUUCAACUGAAAAAUGCUGAAUUAGAAGAAAAAUAUCAAAUGAUUCAACAUGAUUAUAAUUAUUUAACUUCUCAAAAUAAAUCUUUAAGUAAUGAAAUUGAAUCUUUAAGUGCUGAAAAACUUAAUUUAUUAAAUAAUCAAGAAAAGACAAGAUCAGUUAAUUUUGAUGAUGAAUUAUCGAAAUUAAAAUCGGCUAAUGCUGCUUUAAGACUUGAAAAUCAAUCAUUAAAGAAUACUACUUCUCCAGUUAAUAAACAUAUUGAUAUUAUUAAUAAUAAUAAUUCAUCAUCAACCAUUAAACCAACUUCUAAAAAAGAUGUGGAAUCAUUCAUUCAAAAAUUAAAUAAUUUAGAACUUUCUAAAUCAAAUAAUCAAACUGAUGUAAAGAAAGAAAUCUUAAAAUUACAAAAUAAAUAUGAAGAUGCUCGUUCAAAUUCAUUAUCUAAAGAAUUAUUAAAUAAAUCAUUGGAUAAAGAAAGUCUCAAACAUUUAACUUCAUCUCAUGGUUUAAUUUCCAUGAAAUUAGUAUCUGAUUUACAAUCUAUGAUUGAAUCAUUUCUUAUUUAUUUAAAUACUGAAAAUGAUUCUGAUAUUUUAUUUGAAAAAAUUUCAAAAUUAUCCGUUAUUGCCAAUGAAAUUGCAUCUCAAGGUGAAAGUCAAGUAUUAAAUAGUAAUGAAUAUUCGGUUUGUUUACGUGAAGCAGUUAGUUAUGCUCUUACUACUACCAGAUACUUUGCUGUUUAUGAUGGUAUAAUUCCCAAAGCUGUGGUUGAACGUUCUAUUGGUGAAGUUAAUUUUUCAUUAUGUGAUUUAAUUUCAUCAGUUAAAAUGAAAGAAAAUUCUUCAAAUUCAAGACAAAUUGAAUUAGAUUCAAUUAAUGAUCCAAUUAAUAAUAAUAAUAAUAAUAAUAGUAAUAAUCACAGUGUUAGUGAAGAUUUUGGGGUUAGACCAUUAAGAAUGGCAGAUAAAUUAAGAGAAGCUCAAACUUCUUUUAGUAAUGAUAAUUCAUCAAAACAACAACAACCAUCACAACAACAAGAUGAAGUUGUAACUUCUCCAAAUUCUCGUUUAGCAAGAGCUAAAGUUGCUAAUGCAUUUACAGUUUUAAGAGAAAAGAAAGAACAAGCCAAUGAACCAAAUUCUCCUAUAAAUAAUAAAAUUAAUCAAUCACCUAUAAAAGUUAGUCCAAAAAGUAAAAAUAUUAGUGCAUUAACAUCUAAAUUUGAAACUAAACAAAUUCAUGAUGAAGAACCAUUACAAAGAGGUUCACCAAAAGGUUCUAAAGCUCCUGGUAUUACAUAUCUUGCCACUAAAUUAAAUGGUUUUGAAACAUCACCAAAAGAUUCAUUUAAUAAUCAUAAUAAUAAUAAUAAUAAUAAUAAAACCACUCCUCCAAGAAAACUUAAUAUUUUAGAUAAAGUUAGACAAUUUGAAGAUCCUGAUAGUAAUAAAUCUAAUUCAUCAUCUUCACCAUUUACUAAAAAAGCAGUUAAUAAUAUUGAUUCUGAUAUUUCAAGUACUAGUAUUCCAAUGGACGAACCAAAAUUACAAGGUCAAUCUAAUUAUGGUAAUGAAGCUGAGCAUAAUAAUAAUGGUGAUCAAUUAGGUGAAGCUGCUAUUAUUACUUCAACAGGAGCUGCUGCUACUGCUGCUACUGCUGCAGUAGCUGUAGCUGGUGGAGUUGAAGCUUCUAAGGGUAAAGGUUUAUUUCAAAAUUUACGUGACAGAUUGGCUGUUAAUAAUGGUAAUGUUAAUGGUAAUGAUAACACUCAUAAUAAUGUUCAAGAUGAUGACCUUGAUCUUAAUGAAGUUCCAAAUGAUCACCAAGAAGAAGAGGACGAUGAUGAGGAAGUUGAUGGUUUUACUACCAUUAAAAAACCGGUUAAAUCAGUAUCAUAUCUGGAAGAUACUAAAAGUGGAGCUAAUAAUGGAACUGUAACGAAGCCACGUCAAGUGGUGGAAGAAAAUGAAGAUGAAGAAGAAGAAGAAGAAGAAGAUGAUGAUGAUGAAACUGAAGAAGAGAUUGAAGCUAGACAAAGACAAGAAUAUCGUAAAUCAAUGGCAGCUGCUACUUUCAAUGUUAAUUUAUUUGAUAUUGAUGAUCCCGAUAAUACUUUAACUCAAGUUUUAUUAUAUUUGGAGCAUCAAACAGUUGAAGUUAUAUCUACUAUUCAAUCAUUAUUAGCCACUAUUAAGAAACCUAACGCUACUAGAGGUGAUUUAAGAGAUAAAUCAAAAGCCAUUACUAUUGUUAUAUCUCAAAUGACAGAAGCCACUAAUACAUCGAUGAAUCAAACUCGUAAUGCUCAAUUAAAAGAACAUGGUAGUUGGGUUGUUAAAAGUUUAGAAGAUUGUCAUCAUCGUAUGAUAAUUUUAUGUCGACCAAAGGAAGGAAUUGAGAAUGAUGAUUCUCAAUUUGCUGAUAAGAAUUUUAAACAAAGAUUAGCAGGAAUAUCAUUUGAUAUUGCUAAAUGUACGAAAGAAUUAGUUAAAACUGUUGAAGAAGCUAGUCUUAAAGAAGAUAUUGAACAACUUGAUGCAAGAAUUAAGCAUGGUAAUGGUAUUUAAAUUUAGAGUUAGAAAACAUAUAGUUUUGCUUUUAAAAAAUUGUAACAUAGAAAU